ACUCUAUGAUAAACUCUGUGAUGUAACAUGGCGUCGUAUUAAUCUGUUUACGAAAGGCGACGAAUGUUUAGGAAAAGACGGUGUAAUUUAGAAAAGUAUUUUCUGUAGUCUUAUAUUAAUUGUUCUAUUAGCCGAACAUGGCUUCCGAAGUAAUUACAUCAUUUGCAGCUCUUCAAGCUGAAUUGGAGCAAGCAAAAAAUAAUUUAAAAGGUGUUGAUGAACACAUUAAGAAGAUAAUGGGAAGGGAUCCUUUUGAUGGCCAGGCACGUCCUGGCCAGAAGAGGCCAAAUGCACCUGCAGAGGACUUUCGAACAAGAGGACUAGAUGAUUUUAGAGGACGUGGACUAGAGGAUUUUCGUGCGAGAGGCCAAGAAGAAUUUAGAGGACGGGGCAGAGGAUUCCCCCUUUCACGGGGUCGGCGGGAACCCGGCGUGCGGCCAGAAGAGGACGCGGCACCAGCUGCGAAGAGAAAACCGGGCGAUCCACGGACGGUUUUCAGCAGGCUCUCAGGUCCUCCGAAGCCCAGGAAGGAUGGCGACAGUGGGGACGAGGAGGAGGAGCUCCCCAACAAGCCCGCCAUCUCAUCACGUGUUAUUUUCACACCGAAGGAACUGCCAUCUCGGCAAGAGGUGCUGGCCGCCCAGGGAACAGACGAGAAAAGUAAAGCCAGGAAUAGGAGAAUGUUUGGUGCUCUCCUAGGAACUCUGCAGAAGUUUCGUCAGGAAGAAACUAGGAUGAAAGAAAAGGAAGAGAAACGAGCUCAGGUAGAAAAGAAGUUGGAGGAGAAUGCUAAAAGGGAAAAAGAAGAGUUGAAGAGAGAACGACAGGAGUUGUUUCAAGAAAGAAAGCGUAAGCAAGCAGAAAUUCGUAAAAUUGAGUUUAAAAUAUUGCGAAUAAAAGAGCAAGAGGAAUGGGAAGCAAAGCAUAAGUUUCUCAUGAACUUUAUCCAGACACGUACGAAACCUCACAUUUUCUACCUGCCAAAAGUUCAGUCUGCAAAAACAGAGGAGCGGCUGGUAGCGAGUCGGAAGGCAGUUACUCGGAUGAUGGAAAAGAAGAGAGCUAACGUGCAGGAAGAGCUUGAUGCUCUAGACAAAAAGGGGCGAUGGCGUCAGGGCUUGGGGGAGCCCGAGGGGAGGGGGGAUGGUCGUGAAGGCAAUGUCAACAAGGAGAAUAGGUUGCAAAGUGUAGGUAGUAUGGUGAAAGUAGCAGAAGUGGUUCCAGAUGCGGGAGCAGGUAAGGAAAGGGGUAAGGAAAGGGGUGAGGUAAGGGUGGCAGUGAAGCAGGAGAAGGUAGAGGGGGACAAAGGUGAGAAUAAUGUGGAUGAGAAUGAAAGUGAGAGUGCUAGUGAGAGUGAAAGUGAUGAAGAGGAAGUGUUUGUUGAAAGAGUGAUAGUUAUGAAGACAGAGAAGGGUGAUGGGGAGAGGUUGACGAAUGAGCAGACUAGCGCAGAGAUACCCACGGAGGCAGAGGUGGUUGUUACGGAAGAGGUUGCCGUCGGUAAUCCCGUGGAAGGGAAUGAUACGACUGUAGAUACACCGAGUGGGGAAACAUAGUGCUUUAAAUUUAGAAUUAUAAAAUACAAAAGACAUUAUUUUGCAUUAUUGAUUACAUAGGUUUAAUACUAAUAGUUGAAUCAAAUACUACAAACAAAAUGACACAUUAAUAUUACGGUAUAGCUAAGUUAAGUUUUUGUACAGAUUGUAUGAGUAGCACUGUAUAUAUUCACAUUAAUAAUAAUAAAUGAAAUUUUCAAACUUAUUGGAUUGCAGAAUUAAGGUCAAUAUGUAUUUAUUUUUAUUAAGUUUUAAAACUUUUUUUUUUUACACUUUACCAAGAAAAUUGAAAUUUUUAGAUAAUUUUAUUCAUAGUUUCUCAUCAUUUUAUAUAUAGAUUUUAAAAUGUUUUGCCAAUAAUUUUUUGUCUUGUAUCUAUGCAAAUUGAAUCUUCACCAUUUCUCAAAAGGAUGAUUAGAAUAUGAACAUGCCUACAUCAUGCCUACAGAUUCAUAAGAGAAGAUGAUGCUCACCUUCAUGAUAGUCCAUUGAUGUUUAAAAAUAUGUUCUGUACUGAAACACAGAUGCAGUGGAAUCACAGUUUUGUUGUAGUUUAAAUGAAAAAUGAACAUAAAAUAAAUUACUGUCUUAGUGGUGUUAAUUCCUUUAAAGUAAUUAUGAUAUACGUACGGUAAGUACAGUAUAUCCAUAGUACAUCCAAAUAUUGAUGAUGCUACUGGUAAUUAUAGUGUCACAGCAGCAUUACUGGAGAGGUAAGUAUGUAAACAUUGCACAAUUUGUAAUUAUCUCUUAUCAUUUUCCCUGAACUUUUAAGUGUUUACACAUUAAGAAACUUAUUGUAAUAAAAUGUUAUGUAUUUUUAUUCUUCAUAUGAAUUUUAUUUCCAAUUUUUUUUUUUCAUUUACGUUAAUUAUUCAACAAUGCAGUGUCAUCAAGGUUUUAAUGUAAGUUAAUAUAUAAUGCAGUUAUGUAUAUAUUUUUAACAUGGCUAUUUGCGUUUAAUUAUGUGUUUGUAUUGUGCGUACAUCUGUAAAUUUAAAUUCCAAAUGUGUAGCCAAUACAUUCUGUCAACCAAAUUCUGUUAUUGGAAAUAAAUAAAAUGUAAUUUUGCUGAUUUUUCUAACUGCCUGACUUUUUUUGUAUGGUAGUUAAUCCACAGAUUACAAUGUCCUGCUUGAGUUUACUUUCACACUGCUGUAAAGU